AUCUGUAGUUGGACCCCCAAAAAGUUGAGAUGUAGAACAGAUCUGAGUCCUUCACUUAGAUUUUCAUGAUGGUUUGGAAUCUUCACUGCCUUCAUAAUGUUUAGAUUCAGUAAGCAUUGGAAGAGAGGUUACGAGUAUUUGAAGAAACUGGUGGACUGUCUUCAGAGGAAGGGUCUGCUGCUCUUAAGUCUUCCUCAGAACUCACCUUUUUGUUAGAAGGCUGCUGAUUAAUCCAGUCACAAUGGUCUGGCUUUCAGACCCGGCAAUAUUGUGUGGACAGUAAUGACCGCACGUUUCCGAUUGCCUGCUGGCAGAACCUACAAUGUCCGAGCAUCGGAGUUGGCCCGAGACAGACAGCAUACAGAGGUGGUUUGCAACAUUCUUCUUCUGGAUAACACUGUACAGGCUUUCAGAGUUAAUAAACAUGAUCAGGGGCAAGUUCUGUUGGAUAUAGUCUUCAAGCAUCUUGAUUUGACUGAGAGAGACUAUUUUGGUUUACAGUUGGCUGACGAUUCCACAGAUAACCCAAGGUGGCUGGAUCCAAACAAACCAAUAAGGAAGCAGCUAAAGAAGCUGUUUUUGUUAAUUUUAGGAGGAUCUCCUUACAGUUUGAACUUUAGAGUCAAAUUCUUUGUAAGUGACCCUAACAAGUUACAAGAAGAGUAUACAAGGUAUCAGUAUUUUUUGCAAAUUAAGCAAGACAUUCUUACUGGAAGAUUGUCCUGUCCUUAUAAUACUGCUGCCCUUUUAGCUUCAUUUGCUGUUCAGUCUGAACUUGGAGACUACAAUCAGUCAGAAAACUUGCCAGGCUACCUCUCAGGUUAUUCUUUCAUUCCUAAUCAACCUCAAGAUUUUGAAAAAGAAGUUGCAAAGUUACAUCAGCAGCACAUUGGCUUAUCUCCUGCAGAAGCAGAAUUUAAUUACCUAAACACAGCACGUACCUUAGAACUCUAUGGAGUUGAAUUCCACUAUGCAAGGGAUCAAAGUAACAAUGAAAUUAUGAUUGGAGUAAUGUCAGGAGGAAUUCUGAUUUACAAGAACAGGAUACGGAUGAAUACCUUUCCGUGGUUGAAGAUUGUAAAAAUUUCUUUUAAAUGCAAACAAUUUUUUAUUCAACUUAGAAAAGAAUUGCAUGAAUCUAGAGAAACCCUGCUGGGAUUUAAUAUGGUGAAUUACAGAGCCUGUAAAAAUUUGUGGAAAGCAUGUGUAGAACAUCACACAUUCUUCCGCCUGGAUAGACCACUUCCACCGCAGAAGAAUUUUUUUGCACAUUAUUUUACCCUGGGUUCCAAAUUCCGGUACUGUGGAAGAACUGAAGUCCAGUCAGUUCAAUAUGGCAAAGAAAAGGCAAAUAAAGACAGGGUAUUUGCAAGAUCUCCAAGUAAGCCUUUGGCACGGAAAUUAAUGGAUUGGGAAGUAGUUAGCAGAAAUUCAUUAUCUGAUGACAGGUUAGAAACACAAAGCCUCCCAUCCCGGUCUCCACCCGGAACUCCCAAUCAUCGGAGUUCUGCAUUCACACAAGAGGGGACCCGGGUCCGGCCGUCUUCAGUUGGUCAUUUGGUAGACCAUGUGGUUCACACAUCCCCCAGUGAUGGUUUUGUAAAUCAGAGAUCUCCAUCAUCAACACAAGCUAAUAGCAUAGUUCUGGAAUCAUCACCAUCACAAGAGACCCCUGAAGAUGGGCAGCCUCCAGCUUUACCACCCAAACAAUCUAAGAAAAACAGUUGGAACCAAAUUCAUUUUUCCCACUCUCAGCAAGAUCUAGUAAACCAUACUAAUGAAACCUUUGAUGUGCCCUCCUCCCCUGAAAAGUCCACUCCUAAUGGUGGCAUUCCAAAUGAUAAUCUUGUUCUUAUCAAAAUGAAACCUGAUGAAAAUGGAAGGUUUGGGUUCAAUGUAAAGGGAGGAUAUGAUCAGAAGAUGCCUGUAAUUGUGUCCCGAGUAGCACCUGGAACACCUGCUGACCUCUGUGUUCCUCGAUUGAAUGAAGGAGACCAAGUGGUACUGAUCAAUGGUCGGGACAUUGCAGAACAUACCCAUGAUCAAGUAGUCUUGUUUAUUAAAGCUAGCUGUGAGAGACAUUCUGGGGAACUCGUGCUUUUAGUUCGACCUAAUGCUGUAUAUGAUGUAGUAGAAGAAAAAUUAGAAAGUGAGCCAGACUUCCAGUAUAUUCCCGAGAAAGCCCCAUUAGAUAGUGUCCAUCAAGAUGACCAUUCCCUGCGAGAGUCAAUGAUCCAGCUAGCUGAGGGGCUUAUCACUGGAACAGUACUGGCACAGUUUGAUCAACUGUAUCGGAAAAAACCUGGAAUGACAAUGUCUUGUGCCAAAUUACCUCAGAACAUUUCCAAAAAUAGAUACAGAGAUAUUUCGCCUUAUGAUGCUACACGGGUCCUCUUAAAAGGUAAUGAAGACUACAUCAAUGCAAACUAUAUAAAUAUGGAAAUUCCUUCUUCAAGUAUUAUAAACCAGUACAUUGCUUGUCAAGGGCCAUUACCGCACACUUGUAAAGAUUUUUGGCAAAUGACUUGGGAACAAGGCUCUUCCAUGGUUGUGAUGUUGACCACACAAGUUGAACGUGGCAGAGUUAAAUGUCACCAGUAUUGGCCAGAACCCACAGGAAGCUCAUCCUAUGGAUGCUAUCAAGUCACCUGCCACUCUGAGGAAGGAAAUCCUGCAUAUAUCUUCAGGAAGAUGACACUGUUUAACCAAGAGAAAAAUGAGAGUCGUCAACUCACUCAGAUCCAGUACACAGCCUGGCCUGACCAUGGGGUACCUGACGACUCCAGUGACUUUCUGGACUUCGUUUGUCAUGUGCGCAACAAGAGGGCUGGGAAGGAAGAGCCGGUUGUUGUUCAUUGCAGUGCUGGAAUUGGAAGGACUGGGGUUCUUAUUACUAUGGAAACUGCCAUGUGUCUCAUUGAAUGCAAUCAGCCAAUUUAUCCACUAGAUAUUGUAAGAACAAUGAGAGAUCAAAGAGCCAUGAUGAUCCAAACACCUAGUCAGUACAGAUUUGUCUGUGAAGCUAUUUUGAAAGUAUAUGAAGAAGGCUUUGUUAAACCCUUAACAACAUCAAAUAAAUAAGAAAACAAAACAGU